AUGGAUAAUAAAGGAAAAGGAUGGGUAGAAAGCGGACGAGGACCUCGUAUGACGGAUCUUUUCCCAAGAGUGAAAUCUAUUAAAAGUUUUUCAAACAAAGGACGUGUACAAAAUGAAGAAGUAAGCAAACAAUAUGAUGUAGAAGCAAGACAGCGACGAUUUGAAAAAACUUUGUCAAAAAAUAGAUAUGAAAAGUUAAAACCCGAGCGAGAACGUGAAAGAGAAGAAGCAACAAGACUUGGAUUAAUUGAUGACCCAAAUAAACCUAAACGACUUCAUCAAGCUUUAACAUUUAUUGGAACAUGCAAAGAUAUGUGUCCACUGUUUGAACGAGAAGAACGAGAAUAUCAGAAGAACCUUGAACGCUGGGAAAUAAAUCCAUUAACAGGGCGUGUGGAUAAGAAUCUUGCAGUUAAAGCAUUUCAUAGGCCAGCAGCUGGUAAUGAACAGGUUCUUCCAUCAGAUGUCCGCCCACCACAUGUUCUGAAGUCAACACUUGAUUAUCUUAUUGAUCGUAUUGUUUGUGGGGGUGAUAGCUUAUCAGAAACACAUAGUUUUGUUAGGGACAGAACUCGUUCUAUACGCCAGGAUUUUACUUUUCAAAAUAGUCGUGGACUUGAAGCAGUAGAAUGUCAUGAACGUAUUGCACGAUAUCAUAUUCUUUGUUUGCAUCAAUUAUGUGAAAUUAAGACUUUUAGUCAACAACAAGAAAACGAACAGUUGCAAAAAGUUCUUCAAUCUUUAGUAGAAUUCUAUGAUGAUCUACGAUGUUUAAAUAUUCAUUGUCCUCAUGAAUCCGAAUUCAGAGCUUAUCAUAUAUUAUCACGUAUUCAAGAUCCAGAUAUUAUUCGUCUAGCUCAAACCUUGCCUCAAGAACUGUUUUUUUCUUCUCCUAUUCAACAUUCAUUGAAGCUAUAUGCUCUAGUUCAAAGAAAUAAUGAAAAAAUUGGAAUCCAUAAGAUACCUAAUACUGAAGCUGCUCAAAAUCUUUUUACUCGUUUUUUUAAACUCAUAGCAAGCAAAAAAACUACAUAUCUUAUGGCAUGUUCAGUUGAAAUGCAUUUUGCAGACAUUAGGAAAGGUGCUUUAAAAGCGAUGAGACGUUCCUAUUUAGCAAAUCAUUCUCCAUUCCCUAUCGAUGAACUUGCAGAAAUGUUGGGAUGCGAUAAUGUUGAAGAAGCUGCUGUAAAUUGUGAAUCAUAUGGCCUUGCAGUUGAAAGGAAUGCAGAAGGAACACCUGUUUCUGUUCAUAUUCAUAGAUCUUCUCAAUGGAAUGAGACUUUACCAUCUAUUAAACAAAGAUUUUCUAGACGUUUGGUUGAGGCUAAGCGUGGUUCACAGUCUUUUUCAGACGUUAUUAAUGGAGUGCUAAGUGAACCAUAUCCCAUACAUUUUCUUUCACCAACUCUCAAAAAAUCAACUUCUAAAGAAACAUUAAAAUUACCAUAUUCAUGUUUAAACUCAAAUGUACUUACUUUUCAUUCAUCAGAAUCUGACAUAAGUAAAGAAACAAAUAAAAAACAUUCUACAUUUCUAAAUAAUAGAUUUCUUAAUAAUAAUCAAAAAAUUAAUAUUAAUGGUAGUUCUAAAGAUCAGAAAAAUGAAAAAUUUAUAAAUUUUGAAAACAAACAGAAUUUAAUAGAUUUAUCGAAUAAUCAAUGUAAAUCUUUAACAGCUUUUCAAAAUAUUUCCUCACAUAAUGUUGAAGUAAAUAAUUCUUCUGAGUCAUUUGAUUCUAAUAAUCAAAUAAAAAAUGCAGUUUUAAAUGAACAUUUUUGUGAUUUUUCAAGCAAUAUUCAUCAAAAUUUAUGUGAAUUUAAUAAUAUAUUAAGAAAAAAAGAAUCUAAGAAGCUUUCAAAAAAGCAAUUUCUAAACAUUUUAGAUACAAUUUUUUUAAAAAUGAUGAAUUAUCAAAUAAAAUCAGUUAUUACAUCAACAAAGGCUGAAUUUAAAUAUUUUAAUGAAAAAAGAAACAAAAUUAUAAACGAAUUUGCAUUUGAAAUUAUAGAAUCAUUGAUCAAAGAAUUUAUUUUUGAAGUGGCUUUUGAAUGUAUAGCUGAAAAUAUAAAUAAAAAAAAUUUUUUAAAAAACAUAUUUAAUAUUAUAAAAAAUAAAUAUAAGUCAAGAAUACUUCAAAAAAAACAAUUAGAAAAAAUGAAAGCAGAAAAGCAGCAAAAAUUUCAUCAAUAUUAUACUGCUUUAAAAAAAAUAGAUAUUAUAAAUACUAAAAGUAAAAAUAGAAAAAAAAUGUAUAGAUUUUUAAACAGAGAAACUGAUGAGGAUAUCGCUGAAGCGCUAAAAAAGACCCAUUAUCAUAUAAAUGAACUUUGGAAAAAUGAAAAUUUAACUGAUAUUCUCAUUUCUAGAAUAAAAAAUUUAUCGAAAAUAACAUUUAAUUUCUGGCAACUCUUAAUUUUUUCUACAAAUUAUGAAACACCUACUUCAUUUUGGUUAAGACAAAAAUUUGAAUUAAAAUAUAAUUCAGCUGAAUUUUCGUGGAAAUCGACAUCAAAUUUUGAUUUAGAUAUUGAAAUUGUGAUGCCUAUCUCUAAUGCUUUUGAAAAAAAAUGUUACAAAUAUAUAGGUGCUGUUAUUUUCGAAUGUAGUCUUAUAGAUUGCAAAGAUUCAUUGUUAUCUCCUAAAUGGGAUUUUUGGAAACAUCAGUUACAUACAUUAGUUGAAAAUAUACCCUGUGAGAACAUGUUUAGAUUCCCUUUAUUAAUUAUUUAUUGGAUGGAUCCAGAAAUAGAUAUGCAACUUGAUACUCUUUUUGAUAUACCUUUGCUUAAAAAAAAACAAAUAUUAUUGACAAAUGUUGAAUUUUUCAAAAUUACUUCGAUUGAAGAAACUAAUUUAAAAAAUGUAUUUGAACGACUUCUCUCUUAUGUAUUACCGGACUUAAGUGGUUAUUCUUCAUCAGAUUUUAAAGGCAUUAAAAGAUUAAGGCAUAAUAACGAUAUUUUAGAUGAAACAGAUGAUAUCAUUUUAUUUGCAAAAAUGCCUCAAACUAUCCAAAGAAAAAUAAGGAGGAGAAACGCUUUUUCUAUUAAUACUCAGGAAGUACUUAAAGAGUCUUAUUUAAUGGAUCAAACAAAAUCAUUAUAUUCUGAUACAUCUGCAAUUGAACUUGUAUCUGUUCAAAAAUUAUUUGAUAAUAUUAAAGCAGCACGAGAAUUAUUGGCGCCAUAG